CUAGCGCACAGCUGACUGCCCGCGGGUGCCGGGCGCUCGGCAGCUCUCCUCACCGCGGGGAGCUGGAGCGCCGACGAAAUGGUAGCUCGGGUCGGCCUCCUACUGCGCGCCCUGCCGCUGCUGCUGUGGGGUGGACUGGACGCCGAGCCCGCGGACCGCGCAGGCCAGGAGCUACGCAAAGAGGCAGAGGCAUUCCUGGAGAAGUAUGGGUACCUCAAUGGACAUGUCUCCAGAGCUCCCACUUCCACCCAAUUCAGCAAUGCCAUCAGAGAGUUCCAGUGGGUUUCCCAACUUCCCAUCAGUGGCGUGCUCGACUAUGCCACCCUUCGGCAGAUGACACGUCCCCGCUGUGGGGUCACAGAUACUGACAGUCAUGCAACCUGGACAGAGAGGAUGAGUGCGCUGUUUGCAGGACGCCGGGCCAAAAUGAGGCGCAAAAAACGCUUUGCAAUGCAAGGCAACAAAUGGUACAAGCAGCACCUCUCUUACCGCCUGGUGAACUGGCCUGGGAGCCUGCCUGAGCCAGUAGUUCGGGGGGCUGUGCGUGCCGCCUUCCAGUUGUGGAGCAACGUCUCAGCCUUGGAGUUCUGGGAGGCCCCGGCUACCGGCCCUGCUGACAUCCGCCUCACCUUCUUCCAAGGGGACCACAAUGAUGGGCUGAACAACGCUUUUGACGGCCCAGGGGGCGCCCUGGCGCACGCCUUCCUUCCCAGACGCGGUGAAGCGCACUUCGACCUGGAUGAGCGCUGGUCUCUGAGCCGCCGCCGCGGGCGCAACCUUUUCGUGGUGUUGGCGCACGAGAUCGGCCACACGCUCGGCCUCACCCACUCGCCGGCGCCACGCGCGCUCAUGGCUCCCUACUACAAGAGGCUGGGCCGCGAUGCGCUGCUCAGCUGGGACGACGUGCUGGCGGUGCAGACCCUGUAUGGGAAGCCCCUAGGGGGCUCAAGGGCCAUCCAGCUCCCAGGAAAGUUGUUCACUGACUUUGAGGCCUGGGAUCCCCAUAACUCUCAAGGCAGGCACCCUGAAACCCAGGGUCCUAAAUACUGCCACUCUUCCUUCGAUGCUAUCACUGCAGAUGGGGACCAACAAGUGUACAUCUUUAAAGGGAGCUACUUCUGGGAGGUGACACCUGAUGGCAAUGUCUCAGAGCCCCGCCCACUACAGGACAGGUGGGCCAGGCUGCCUCCCAACAUUGAGGCUGCUGCAGUGUCAUUGGAGGAUGGAGACUUCUACUUCUUCAAAGGGAGUCGAUGCUGGAGGUUCCGGGGCUCCAAGUCAGUGUGGGGUUUCUCACAGCUGUGCCGGGCAGGGGGCCUGCCCCGCCAUCCCGAUGCGGCCCUCUUCUUCCCUCCUCUGCACCGCAUCAUCCUCUUCAAGGGUGCCCGCUACUAUGUGCUGGCCCAAGGUGGACUGCAAGUGGAACCUUACUACCCCCGCAGUUUGCAGGACUGGAAGGGUGUCCCUGAGGAGGUCAGUGGUGCCUUGCCAAGGAAAGAUGGCUCUAUCAUCUUCUUCAGAGAUGAUCAAUACUGGAGCCUGGACCAAACCAAACUGCGAGUGACUGCUUCAGGCCGCUGGGCCACUGAGUUGUCCUGGAUGGGCUGCUGGCAUGCCAACUCGGGAGGCACCCUGUUCUGAAGGCAGCCCAUCACCUAAUGAACCCUCGGUGCCUUGAGGGUCCAUUCACAUCCCAGAUGCAGGGGCAGAACCUGACCUGGAAGCCCCCGCCUCCCUGCAGAAGACUGAGCAGCAAAAUCUUCACCAGGAAGUUUGUGUGCUUUUUGUUCCUUGGAGAACACUGCUGUUCCCACUACAUGGAGGUGGGGGUGCGAUCAAGCCAAGGGGAAGGAAAAAAGGAAAUAUCCCACAAUUCUUUCCACUGAGGACCUCUUUCAUUACCAAGCCUCAGAGAUUUUGAUUCUUCUGCUAAUGGUUGUGUUCUGUCUGCGAGGAGAGAGCACUGGAAUCUGACCAGGAGGGAUGCAAAACUCCAGAGGCUGGAGACUAUUUUGCAAGCUAGACCCCUUCUUCUUAGGGUCUCCUGGCUCAGUUCUUGGUAUUGUGUCUUAUUUAUUCAGAUCUCUCCCCAGUAAGCUCCGAUGGGGUGAAGGCACAGGGUCUCUAACCUCAGGGGCCCAUUGGGGGUUCAGGAUGCAGAACAAGAGGGAGACUUGUUAUGGGUUUCCAAGGCUUUUGUCUGGGGCAGGAAUAAACAGUGUCAUCCCCAGCUGGUGGGCCUGCAGGUGG